AUGGCACCGAACUAUGGCCUGUUCUACGGCGUAGAGAUCACAACCUUGUGUGUCGCGGUGAUUUGUAUCACGCUACGGUUGUCGAACCGAAGUAUUAAGAAGAUCAUAUCCUUUGAUGACUUUGUCCUGCUCGUCGCAACAUGCAUGGCAAUAUCCAUGACCGCCAUGGUAUGGCGUCUGUACCACUUGGGCUAUGCUCUGGAACUCGGCCUCGUCCCCGUCGCCAACAACUACCCCAUCGGCCGGCUCAGUCUCGCAUUAUUUUCCAUGUUCCCCAUGUGCUACAGCUUGAUCCGAAUAUCAAUUCUUUUGACCUAUCUCAAACUGUUCCCUUCACAGACGAAUCGCUGGCUGUGCUUGGGUUUGUGCGGACUGCAAAUUGCGUACUCGCUAUGGGCAGGGCUCAGCACACUGUUGCAGUGCUUACCUAUCAACAGCUAUUGGAACAAAUCAAUCAAGGACUACGUUUGCAACAGUCCGCGGAAUCAAGACUUUGCCAUCCUGGCCUUGAACAGCUGCUUCGAUGUAAUUGUCUACAUCUGGCCAGCACACUACCUUUACAAGCUCAAUCUUCCAUUCAAGUCUCGUGCUGAGAUGAUCAUUGCCUUCUCCAUUGGCCUUGUUAAUCUCGGCCUCUCGUUCGCUCGCCUCUCCCUCCUCAUCGCCAUGUAUAGUACAGAGAAGUGGAUGCGCUACGGUCCGCCCGGUGUCGUUAUCAUCAUAGUGGAAUCGCACGUUGGGAUAAUCUGCGCAUCACUGCCCUAUUUGCGAUUCCUCUUCGAAUUCGUGUCCAUGAACUACCUGUCUCGGUCCGCAUACGGUGUCACCAAAGAUCCUUCCAAGGCAAAGCACAGCGCUCCGAAUCACGUUUGCCAUCUGUUCCAUGACUUAGAUCGCAGGAGUGGCGAAGGGAUACAAAGAAGAACAGAUAUCGAGAUUAGCACGUUCGGAGAAGAGGGGAGUGAAGAAGACCUGACGACCGAGAUCUAUGGUGGAAGAAACAAGGCGACGGAAGAGCAAAUGCGCAGGGAUGAGAAGGCAUGGAGCGGAGAAUAUAAAUUGUUGGAUGAAAAUCAAGCUGAUAGGGCAAAAUAA